UCACACUUACACAAUCACAGCAACAACCUGAGAAAAACAGAAAAUACUACAAGAUAACUGGAAUAAAAUGAAGUCUGUCUUUUUCCUGAUUCCAGUUUUGCUCUUCUUCUUUCUCUCAGGAUGCAGCGGCAGGAACGAGGAGGAACGUCUCAUCAAACACCUGUUGAAUGGAUACAACAAAGAACUGCGUCCGGUGCAACACAAAGAUGAGACGACAACGAUUUAUCUCUCGCUGAUGCUGUCCAACCUCAUCUCUCUGGAUGAAGUCAGUGAAACUUUGCUGACCAACGUGUGGAUAGAACACGGCUGGACUGACCCUAGACUUGCAUGGAACCCCUCCGAGUUUGAUGACAUCACUAUUGUGCGCCUACCAUCCAAAAUGGUGUGGCUUCCAGAGAUCGUUCUGGAGAACAAUAAUGACGCCCAGUUCGAGGUGGCUUAUUAUUGUAACGUGUUGGUCGACCCCACUGGGUUUGUGUACUGGUUGCCUCCUGCUAUCUUCCGUAGCUCCUGUUCCAUCAACGUCCGCUACUUUCCUUUUGACUGGCAAAACUGCAGCCUAAAGUUCAGCUCUUUAACUUACAAUGCCAAAGAGAUCAGCUUAAAUUUAAAAGAAGAUAUGGAUGGUGACACCAAUAAGAGCUACCGCGUGGAAUGGAUCAUCAUCGACCCUGAAGGAUUCACAGAGAAUGGUGAGUGGGAGAUCAUUCACAGACCUGCCAGAAAAAACAUCUACAAGAGCAUCCCUAUGGAAAGCAACAAGCACCAAGACAUCACCUUCUACCUCAUCAUCAAACGCAAGCCUCUGUUCUACAUCGUCAACAUCAUCAUCCCCUGUGUGCUCAUCUCCUUCCUGGCCUCGCUGGUGUACUACCUGCCUGCAGACAGUGGUGAAAAGAUGACCUUGUCCAUCUCAGUGCUCCUGGCUCAGUCUGUGUUCCUGCUCCUGAUAUCUCAGCGCUUGCCCGAGACCUCCAUGGCUGUUCCUCUGAUUGUCAAGUAUCUGAUGUUCAUCAUGGUUCUCGUCACUGUGGUGGUGUUGAAUUGUGUCGUCGUGUUGAACCUCCACUUCAGGACCCCCAGCACACACUUCAUGUCCGAGUGGACCAAAGUGUUUUUCCUGGAGAAGCUUCCCCGUCUCCUCCGCAUGUCACGUCCGGCCGAUAGUGAGCCGCGGUGGGACGGGGCGCUGCAGAGGCGCUCCAGCUCUGUGGGCUACAUCGCUAAAGCUGAGGAGUAUUACAGCGUAAAGUCUCGAAGUGAGCUGAUGUUCGAGAAGCAGUCGGAGAGACACGGCCUGACCGCGAGGCCCACGCCCACCGCCGUGUAUAAAUCGAGCAGCAACGCGGACGUGACCGAUCAGCUGUUUAACGAGCUGAAGCCGGCUGUGGAAGGCGCGAACUACAUCGUCAAGCACAUGCACAACAAAAACGACUAUAACGAGGAGAAGGAUAACUGGAGUGGGAUUGCCCGGACGGUGGACCGCCUCUGUUUCUACAUCGUGACUCCGGUCAUGACCAUCGGGACCAUCGGAAUCUUCCUGAUGGGAAUCUACAACCAUCCGCCUCCUCUCCCGUUCGAGGGAGACUCGUUCACCUACAUGGAAGCAGACAAACGCUUUAUAUAAAUGACUCAGUUAUAUGAUUCUUCGUUCAGGUUUUACUGUAAUUUAGCUUUUUUUUGCAUGAAUACAUUUCAGUAUUGUUUUUCUAGUAUGUCGAAGGGUUUGGUAUUUACAUAGAGGUUUAGAAUAAACGCACAUGGAGCGAUAAACACUGGAUUUAUUUCUCUUUAUUCCGAUCUGUUUGAGUUAAACAGUUAGUGGUGGAAU